AUGCAGGCACUCAACUUCUCCCCGGAGACGAGACAGCUACCCUUCCUCCUCGCCACCACCAACUCUCCCCUCCCUAUCCUCCUCCUCCUCCUCACCUGCCUCCCCUCCCUCCUCCUAGCAGCCCAUUACAUCCGCAAAGACUACCACGCCUUCCUCGCCCUCGGACCAGGCGGCACGCCCUCAACACCAACCGGCUACGCUCGCAUCUGCAUCCUCCGCCUCUUCACCGUCCGCGAUCCCCUCUCGCCCCCCUCCACCCCGCCAUCCCUCCACCCCAAGCACGGGCAGCUCCCCUCCUCCCUCCCCAUCCGGGCAGGGCCCCGCCCAACCGUCGCAGGGAUAGCACCCCACAGACAGACGACCCAGCGCGCCAGCAAAACAAUGUACGCGACGCUGUCGAACCGGAUCCACGAGCUGGUCAACGCGCACCCUUCCGCCCUCCGCGCCGCGACCUCCUGCUUCGAGAAACACAGCACGGGGAUCUUCUGUUUGGCCGCGCAGGCGCAGGCGCAGGCGCAACGGCACACCUGCGACGGCGAAGUGUGCCACUCGCAUCCGGUUGACGGGAGCUUGCAUCUCACGCUGCAUCCGGCGGAUGUAAGGGCUGUGCUGGAGAAGGGGUGGGGGGAGCGGCAUCCGCUUGCGUGGGAUGACGGCGGGGAGGAGUGGUGUUGGUGGUGGUGGGCGAAGAGUGUGCCGCCGGGAUUUGUGAUGAUUUAUGCGCCGAGGGAUGAGAGGGAGUUGGAAGUUGUCAUGGACAUUAUUCGGGCGGCUGUGUGGUGGGUUGGUGGGACGGAGCUGAAAUGA